AAGCGGUGGCCAUUGUUGAGGGAAAUCUUGCAAACAAAGAGAGCUCCUUGCUCCCCGCGGCCUCCCGGUAGCCCCCUGCCCCUGGGGCCAGCUCCCCAGCCCCCUGGCCCAGGGCCCCUUGGCCAGAGGAACUUUCUCCCCUGGGCUGGGGCCCACUGCGCCUGCUGCUUGGGGGGUGUGGGAGCUUUUGUGUAGCUGGGCUGGCCCGGCCCGGCCCUGCCGUCCCUCGGCUCUGGCCGAGAGUGGAGCGGGGCUGGCCAGGGAGAUGAGCAGCUGAGUCCCCCCACCCCUACCCUGCUGGCCCCCUCCCUGCUGAGAACAGCACCCACCACCCCACUGUCCCCUCACUUCUCCCAGGUUGUUCCUCAAAGUCAUUCAAGCUGUACUCGCCGAAGGAGCCCCCGAACGGCAACGCCUUCCCCCCCUUCCACCCGGGCACCAUGCUGGAUCGGGAUGUGGGCCCAACUCCCAUGUACCCGCCUACAUACUUGGAGCCUGGGAUUGGGAGGCAUACACCGUAUGGCAACCAGACAGACUACAGGAUAUUCGAGUUAAACAAGCGGCUGCAGAACUGGACAGAGGAGUGUGACAAUCUCUGGUGGGAUGCUUUCACAACUGAGUUCUUUGAGGAUGAUGCCAUGUUAACCAUCACCUUCUGUUUGGAGGAUGGACCAAAGAGAUACACGAUUGGCCGGACCCUGAUCCCACGCUAUUUCCGCAGCAUCUUUGAGGGAGGUGCCACAGAGCUGUACUAUGUGCUAAAGCACCCCAAGGAAGCCUUCCACAGCAACUUUGUGUCCCUUGACUGUGACCAGGGCAGCAUGAUCACUCAGCACGGCAAGCCUAUGUUCACCCAGGUAUGUGUGGAGGGCCGGCUGUACCUGGAGUUCAUGUUUGACGACAUGAUGAGGAUAAAGACGUGGCACUUCAGCAUCCGGCAGCAUCGUGAAUUUAUUCCUCGAAGCAUUCUGGCCAUGCAUGCCCAAGACCCCCAGAUGCUGGACCAGUUAUCCAAGAACAUCACUCGGUGUGGAUUGUCUAAUUCCACCCUCAACUACCUCCGACUCUGUGUGAUCCUUGAGCCCAUGCAGGAGCUCAUGUCCCGCCACAAGACUUACAGCCUCAGCCCUCGUGACUGCCUCAAGACCUGCCUCUUCCAGAAGUGGCAGCGCAUGGUUGCACCCCCUGCGGAACCAGCACGGCAACAACCAAGCAAGAGGCGGAAACGGAAGAUGUCGGGUGGCAGCACAAUGAGCUCAGGGGGCGGCAACGCCAACAACAGUAACAGCAAGAAGAAGAGCCCCGCCAGCACCUUCGCGCUCUCCAGCCAGGUACCUGAUGUGAUGGUGGUGGGGGAGCCCACCCUGAUGGGCGGGGAGUUCGGGGACGAGGACGAGCGACUCAUCACCCGUCUGGAGAACACACAGUUUGAUGCGGCCAACGGCAUCGACGACGAGGACAGCUUCAACAACUCCCCAGCGCUGGGUGCCAACAGUCCCUGGAACAGCAAACCCCCCUCAAGCCAGGAGAGCAAGUCGGAGAACCCUACAUCUCAGGCCUCCCAGUAAGGGCUUCACCUGCCCACCCAGGGAGCAGAGGGAGGACCAGCAUCCCAGAGACUGAGCCUACAGCUGUCCAUCUACCUGCAGGAGGGACUGGAAAGUCGAGGGAAUGGGGAAUGAUCGGCCUCCAAGAAAUGUCUUGACUUUCCCCCAGAGCUGUGGCGCCCCUGAUGCUUGGUUUCUGCUCUCCUAAUCUCCACUCCUGCAGAGCCCAGGGGCAUUGUCCCCAGCCCACUGCCCUUAGGGACUCAACUGGGGGCCAGGAUGAACUACCCACUCUCAGCUCUGGGGGGAGGGGGGACUGGCCACAAGGCCUUUCUCCAUCCUCUUCUUCCCUUGCCCCUUUGCCCUUCUCCAGCCCCAGCCUCCUUCCCCUCCAGCCAAGGGGCUAAGCUCUGCUCCCUCCCACCAUCUUCUAUCCUCAACUUUUUAAAAAACAAUAAUAUUAUUAAAAAUGUAAGUUUAAAAAAAAAAGUUCUCCCAAUUUCUCCCCCUUCUUCCCUCCUCCCUGUGUUAGGUUCAGCACCCUUGUCCUUCUACUCUACCCUCAGGCAGGCAGGAGCCUGGGCUGGGCCGUUUUAUACCUUUUGAGCUUCAGACCAAGGAGACACUGACCAUCUCUUCCCUCCCCCUGGAAUGGCUGGAAAGGGAAGGGGUGGACCUCUCUGGCCAUUCUCCAACUCCUUCACUUGUAAACCAUGUACUGUGUCCUGCCCAUUCCCCAAGCCUUCAUCUUUCCCUCCCUGUACCUAGUGCUUGUGAAUGGCCCUGGAAUCCCCUCUUCUCCCCACUCCUCCUACCCCUACACACUGUCCUCUACCUUGAGUCCUAGAGCAGUGGUGUUGGGGAGGACCCUGAGGGUUAUGGUGCCUGCGGGGACCCAUCCUAAGGGAUGGGGGUGCGUGGCAUGUGUUGUCACUGUGUUUUGCAUUUUGUCUCUGUUGGGAGGGGAGGGGAGGUACGGAUUGAGGGAAAAUCUACCCCCUACCCACCCACCUAACCAAAUCCCACCUCCUUCCCACAGAGGGGAAGGGAGGGAUGCCUAUGAUUAAUUGGGAUGGAGCCACUAGGUGGCAUCCUGAGUCAGCUCCUGGGGAAUAUAGUGCCCGCUAUCUCCUUGAGUUUUGGGGGUAGGACUGAGCCCAAUUUGACACCCGGGUCUCCACACCCCAGGACUUUGUGCUGCCCUUACAUGCACAUACACACACAACACUCUUCACAGGAGGGAAGAAGAGACUGGGGUUCUCAACCCUGUUUCCUGGAUGGGCAAGUGGAGACCUCUGGGUCCCUUCUGCUUUCAUCCACCUCCUUCCAUCUCCAGUGACUCCUUCUACCCAUUUGCCACAACCAGCUCAGAGCAAAAUGUCGUCAGAGCUGGAGGGAGCAGGGUUGGGAGAGAGGGACCCCCAUUCCUAGCUCCCCAGCUGUAAUGCCUUUUUUUGUUUUGGCCAUUUGAGUCCUGUAUGGUACCGAUCAAUAAAAAAGACUUUUCGGUUUGA